UGCUGGGAGAAAGAAGCCAAGCAGGCACUGGGCUGGGACUGAGCUGUGAGCAGGCGAUUCAUGUCUGUUUCAGCCAGCUUGAGGGCUUCAGUGUCAGAUGACCAGUCUCCAAGAUGGCGGUUAAUGAUGGCUUCAGUCUGACCUAUCCGCACAACCCACACCCAGGAGACUUGAUUGAAGUGUUCCGUCCUUGCUAUCAGCACUGGGCACUGUACUUGGGUGAUGGCUAUGUUAUCAAUAUUGCACCUCUAGAUGGCAUUUGCUCAUCAUUUACAAGUGCCAAGUCUGUGUUCAGCACAAAGGCCUUGGUCAAAAUGCAGCUUCUGAAGGAUGUUGUGGGAAAUGACACAUACAGAAUAAAUAACAAGUACGACACCACAUACCCUCCUCUUCCUGUAGAGGAAGUGAUACAACGGUCAGAGUUCGCUAUUGGGCAGGAAGUAGCCUAUGACUUGCUGGUCAACAACUGUGAGCAUUUUGUAACCUUGCUGCGCUAUGGAGAAGGAGUGUCCGAGCAGGCCAACCGAGCAAUUGGCACCAUUGGAUUGGUGGCAGCUGGAAUUGAUAUCUUCACAUUCCUCGGCUUGUUUCCCAAAAGACAAAGAACGAAAUAUUAACAGUUUAUUGAAGAGAUUGGAAUGAAGAAAUUUGUGAGGAGAAAAAAAAAUCCUAAGGUGAAUACUUAUUUUGAAUGCAUCAUUAUUGCUCGUGGUCCCCAUGAUGGAUGGCAGACUCCGUAAUAAAUUGCUUGCUGAUUUUCAUCUUAUCAUUGAGCCAAGAAAAGUUUUUCCCCACUAGCAGAGAUUUGCCGUGGCAGCUUGAACAAAAUGCAAUUGCCUUUUGAUCGAGCCAGCUGAUGAUCUUAACAGAACGAAGACCAUGUUUUAUCUUCUGCUGUAAAUAUUGUUUUCCUUUUCCCUAAGGACAGCUGUUUUGCCAGAGGUGUGGAGAACCAUUUACAUAUGCUGCUGAGAGACAGUUGUUAGGGCCAACAUCUAAAUUUCUAUUCCUUUCCUUGUCAGAAAAAGGAGCAUGAACAUAUCUAGUAGUUUGGAUACAUGGAUAUUUAUCAUAUAUCCAAAUACUUAAGGAUCUCUGAAUGACAAAUCAUUUGAGGCAGUACCCCCAUAUGGCUGCCCCUGUGUAGGUUGAGCAUGUAAGAAGGAGAGGGGACUUUUGUGUGUGCAUAUGUGUGGAAUUCUUCUGAAUGGUGUGCAUGUGGAGGGACAGUCUUGGUCUCCACCUUUUUUUAUUUUUAUUUUAUUUUUUAAUUUUUGGAGACAGGGUAUGCUGUCCUUCACAGCUUAUGACAAACUAGCUAGCCCAUGGGCAUGCAAGGAAUCUCCCGUCUCUGCCUCCAUUUCACGGGAGGAGUUCUGGAGUUACUGAAGUGAACCAACAACCCAAGCUUCCUGUGGACUCUGAGGAUCUGAGCUCGAGACAUCAUGCUUAUGUAUAAGAUGCUUUACCCACUGAGCCCCUCCCUGAUCUCUCUCUCUCUUGUACUUUCAGACCCAGUGAGUUCAAGAAUCAGUGAUGAACAAUGGGCUGUAGUUUUAUUGAUUUAAAUGGAUCCCUCCACAUUGUAUAGUAGCUCAGUGGUUUGACCUUUGGGCCUUGGCAAGCAAUCAUUAAUAUUAACGCAAAGAGCUAUAUUUAUAAUGCAAAAUUCCUCAUCCCUUUAAAGAUGUGAACUGUAAGUCAAGGAAUCCCCUUAUUUUAUUCUUUUAUUUUACUGAUUAUGCGUUGAAUUAAACUACGUCUUAAUGUCAUUUCUGCAGAAUUCUUGAUAGCAGGUCAGGAGAGGUGGAAUGUAAGUCUUUCUACAUGAAGAUAGUAUAAGGGCAUCAUAGCAUUGCCUCAUAAACCCUACAGCUAGCCCGGCAUCCUUUCAUGCCAUUAUCAAAAGCAUGGCAAUCAAUAAGGAAAAAGUGCCAGUGACCAUAGGGAUAGGAAGUGAUAGAAUAUUGUAAAGUCAAGUGCACAAGACUCAGUGGAAACCUCACACCUAGUAAACUGAUUUGACCUUGGUGCUAGGAACACGCACACUGAUGAGGGUGAGUCACACAACUAUGUGCUGCCACUCCCACCCAGACAGAGUCCUUUCUUUACUUUUCUAACAGGCCCUUCUUGUUUGAACCACCAAACUCAUUAUUUAGUUUUCUCAGAAGGCACGAGGCUACUUUUAUCCUGAAUGCAGGUCUCUGUUCCCAAAUAGUAAAGAAUAUUCAGUUUUCUAGAAGUUUCCUAUGAAGGCAAGGGCAGCUGUGGCCGCUGGGCUACUUUCUCCUGGUGCGUCGCCUUCUCAAUAAAAUAUAUUUGCAGGGCAUUUGUCUCUGGCAGAUUUAUACCGCCGGCCAGGAAAGGUAGAAGGACUGAGAACCAAAUGCCUGUUAGGGAUUCAAGUCAAACCUUUCUAGAGAACUCUGACAUCUCCACUCCAGAACAAAAGCAAAAUGUUAAAAGGAAAACAUCAGAAAUGCAAUUUUAAUCCAUGGGUUCAUUUCCUUAUCAGUUAUGUGAGACUUUGGCAGUCUUUGUUUGCUAUAAACAUGGCCGACCUUAGGAUGGGCAGCUCUAAAUAGUUGCGGUUGUUUUCCUGCAGGUACUCAGUACCCACACGUUCAACGCAACUUGUACUUGAAUCAGCUCUUUUCCCAACACUAUGAAAUAUUGUCUGGGCAUAUUUUCAGCAGUCAGGAAUGGAAUCCACCUCUAUCAUGUCUCAAAAAAUGAAAUGUAAAGAUCAUCUGCAUUAGGUGAUAGGUUUUUGGUACUACUAGGAAAGAAAUAUCUGUAUUUUUAUUGAAUAUGUACAUAUAACAAAUAAAAUAUGCUACCUAAAUGUCA